GAUCCUUGGAAAGCUCGGCUUCUGGAAGAAAAGCUCGGCCACGACGGUCACCGCCGUCCAGCCCUUCAAGUCGCCAGAGGCCGCCGAGAUUCGAGUUGCCAGCCAAGCUGCAGCCAUUGAAGAGCUCGAGGACGUCCAGGCGCCGAAGCCUGAGCCGGAGGAGCCCUCGCUGCCGCCUUCGAAAGGCCCUGAGGAGACAGCGAAGCUCGUGGAAAGUUUGUGCCAGGGGCCAUAG